UUUAGUUGACUGGGAUUCUGUUCAACAUAGAGAGAGCCCGGACUGUGGCUUAGACAGCAAAGCGAAUCCCGCCACAUCAGAACAUCCUGAACACCAGGAGAGUCACAAGACGAAGACGUCUCACUGCUGCUCGGUGUGUGGCAGAGAGUGCUACAAGCUCUCGGUACUGCAGAUCCACAUGAGAAUCCACACGGGAGAGAAGCCGUACCCCUGCCCCGACUGUGGCAAGAAGUUCGCUCACCUGGGAGCCAUGAGACGACACCUCCUCACACACACGGGAGAGAAGCCUUACUCCUGCUCUGUGUGUGGGAAGAGUUUCACCCAAUCAGGACAUCUGAGGGAGCACCAGCAGUCUCACAGUGGAGAGAAGCCUCACCUGUGUCUGGUCUGUGGGAGAGGCUUCUCUAGAGCGUCAGACCUCCGGAUCCACCACAGAGUUCACACAGGGGAGAGGCCGUACAGCUGUGACUACUGUGGGAAGAGAUACGGCCGCUGUCAGAAGCUACGGGCUCACCAACGGACACACCACAGUGACAGGACGCACGCUGAUACUGGAGAGGAGACGGAGUGAAUGACCACGAGGCUUUGAACAUAAGACGUGAUAAGCUUAGUAUUCCUACAGGUGAUGUUAGCCGGCUGGACAACAACGAUGAUACACGUUGAUCGUCAUCAGACAGAGGAACAAUACACUCCAUUGGAAUAGACAUGGUUCUAGAAUCCACCUAAGCACCCAGUUCUGAUGGAGAGAUGAAAUAAUCAGUGCUGUCCAGUUUAUUGAACUUGAACCAGAGAAAAUGAACCCCAAAAGAUGGUCGCGAGACGGUGUUCUAAAUUGGAAUCGUGGAAUGCUUGUUCUCUGUCCACCACAUCCUGUGUGAGGAACCCAGUUGAAAUAAUUGUUUAAAAUAAUAAUAAUAAUGUUGAUGUAAUAAUUGGAUAACAUCCCAAAUAAUGUUGAGAGAGAGAGAGAGAGAGAGAGAGAGAGAGAGAGAGAGAGAGAGA